AUGUACAAUGCCGGAGCCGAGACUCACCCGCCCGAGGAGACGCAUGGCGAUGAAGAACGGGAGUCGAUGGACCGAGCGGUCCCGCAACGAGGGGCAGGCGAACGGGAACGGGCCGCGCCAUCGACCGGGAUUUCCGAUUUCCCCUCGAGCAUCAAGCAGGACAGUUCCAGUCGGUGGCCGGAAUCUGGUUAA